AUGCGUUACCAAUUCGUCCUCGCCCUCGCCCUCGGUCUUUUGGCCCUUGCUGCGACUGCCUACGCCGCAGGAUCUACUCCGGGUGCCACCCCACCAACCGAUCCAUCCACUCCAACCUCGCCGACUUCUCCGACCUCGCCCACCUCUCCAACUACGCCUACCUCUCCAAGCACUCCGACUUCUCCCAGCACUCCAAGCACCUCGCCGCCGACGUCACCAACGACUCCACCUUCGCCGAGUCCUUCCACGCCGUCCUCUCCGCCCAGUGCGCCCCCCACUCCUAGUGACAACUAUGCCACCGAGGAGGAGGUGGCCAAAUUGGAAGGCCAGAUUAACAGGCUUAGGAGGCGGUUGAAUCGCGUGCAGCGCUGGGAGCGCCAGGACCGUCGCCAAAAUUGGAGACUAAGAAAUCGUCGUCCCAGGCGACAAUUCCAGCGCAGAUUCCGUGAACGCUGGGGCCGAUUCUAGGGAUCUGAAGGUUCAUUAAAAUCGCAAUUGAAAAGCAAAUGGAAAAAUAAAAUAAACUGCAUUA